AUGUCGCUCAUGGUCGUUAGCGUGGCGUGUGUUGGGUUCUUCUUGCUGCAGAGGGCCUGGCCACACGAGGGUGGUCAGGACAAGCCCUUGCUGUCGGCCUGGCCCAGCCCUGUGAUGUCUCCAGGCGUGACUCUUUGGUGUCGCUCUUAUCUUGGGUUUAACAGAUUCUGUCUGUACAAGGAAGAUGGGGUGCCUGUCCCUGAGCCCUACAACAGAAUAUUCUGGAACAGCUUCCUCAUGGGCACUUAUCCCACACACGCAGGGACCUACAGAUGUCCGGGUUCACACCCACACUCCCCCAAUGGGUGGUCGCCUCCCAGCAACCCCCUGGUGAUCACGGUCACAGGAGUCCACAGAAAACCUUUCCUCCUGGCCCUCCCAGGUCCGCUGGUGAAAUCAGGAGAGACGGUCACCCUGCAGUGCUGGUCAGAUAUCAAGUUUGAGCACUUCCUUCUGCACCGAGUGGGGAAGUUUGAGGAGCCCUUGCAUCUCAUCGGAGAGCUCCAUGACGGGGGCUCCAAGGCCAAUGUCUCCAUCAGUCCAGUGACACCUGCCCUGGCAGGGACCUACCAAUGCUACGGUUCUUUUACUCACUCCCCCUAUGAAUGGUCAGCUCCCAGUGACCCCCUGGACAUCGUGAUCACAGGUCUAUAUAGGAAACCUUCUCUCUCAGCCCAGCCGGGCCCCACAGUUCAGGCAGGAGAGAACGUGACCUUGUCCUGCAGUUCCCAGAGCUCGUUUGACAUGUACCAUCUAUCCAGGGAGGGGGAGGCCCGUGAACUUAGGCUCCCUGCAGUGCCCAGUGUCCAUGGAACGUUCCAGGCCGACUUCCCUCUGGGCCCUGCGACCCAUGGAGGGACCUACAGAUGCUUCGGCUCUUUCCGUGCCCCAUCCUUCGAGUGGUCAGACCUGAGUGACCCACUGCCCGUUUCUGUCACAGGGAACCCUUCAAAUGGUUGGCCUUCACCCACUGAGCCAAGUUCCAAAACUGGUAUCCCCAGACACCUGCAUGUUCUGAUUGGGACCUCAGUGGUCAUGAUCCUCUUCACCAUCCUCUUCUUCUUUCUCCUGCAUCGCUGGUGCUCCAAUGAAAAGGAUGCUGCUGUAAUGGACCAAGAGCCUGCAGUGGAAAGAACAGUGAAUCCGGAGGACUCUGAUGAACAAGACCCUCAGGAGGUGACAUACGCACAGUUGGAUCACCGCGUUUUCACACAGGGAAAAAUCACUCGCCCUUCUCAGAGGUCCAAGAGACCCCCAACAGAUACCAGCGUGUACAUAGAGCUUCCAGAUGCUGAGCCCAGAUCUAAAGUUGACCACAGUCAGGCCUUGAGGGGGUCCUCCAGGGAGACAACAGCCCUGUCUCAAACCCAGCUUGCCAGCUCCAAUGUACCAGCAGCUGGAAUCUGAAGGCACGACUCUACAUCUUAGGGCGUCGCUCUUCCUCACACCACGAAUCUGAACAUGCCUCUCUCUUGCUUUCCAAUGUCUAAGGUCCCCACUGCCUGCUGCAGAGAAAACACACUCCUUUGCUGAGCCCACAAUUCUCCACUUCACUUGACCCCUGCCCACCUCUCCAACCCACUGGCUUACUUCCUAGUCCUACUGGAGGCUGCAGUCACACUGAGGAACUCACAAUUCCAAACAUACGAGAGGCUCCCUCUUAACACGGCACUUAGACACAUGCUGUUCCACCUUCCCUCAUGCUGUUCCACCUCCCCCCAGACUAUCUUUCAGCCUUCUGUCAGCAGUGAAACUUAUAAAUUUUUAAAAAUAAUUUCAACGUAGUUGCCUCUUCUUCAAAUAAACAUGUCUACC